AUGGCCCUCGCCGAAGAAACUAAGCGAGUCGUCUCGCAGUUUGAACUUUCGGAUGCAGAUGUCAAUGCUCAUGUAGUUGAGUUCUUGAAGCAAAUGAAGGAAGGACUAGAAAAAGAUGGUACCAGCCUGAGCCAGAUCCCUACCUACGUCACCGGCGUGCCCAACGGCACGGAAAAGGGACUGUACCUUGCGGUUGAUCUCGGCGGCACCAACUUUCGCGUCUGCUCCAUCAUGCUAAAUGGCGAUACGACUUUCAAUCUCACGUACAAUAAAGUCGCCAUUCCCAAGGACCUCAUGGUUGCGAAAACUGCCAAGGAGCUUUUCGCAUUCCUGGCCAAGCAGAUUGAGCUCUUCCUUCGAGAACACCAUGCCGAACAUUUUGAGAGCCACGUACGCCGUAGAGCGACUGCUAGCACUCCCAUGGGUUACAGGGACGAGCACAUUUUCCGUCUGGGAUUCACCUUUAGCUUUCCUGUGAAGCAACUAGCCAUUAACAAGGGAAACCUCAUUCGCUGGACCAAGGGCUUCGAUAUUCCCGACGCCGUGGGCCAGGAUGUCUGCCGCUUGCUUCAGGACGAGAUUGACAACCUCAGCCUCCCGGUCAAGGUAGCCGCUCUUGUCAACGAUACUGUCGGCACUCUGAUGGCGAGAUCAUACACUUCGACCGGAAAGCAUCACUCACUGCUGGGUGGUAUUUUCGGGACGGGGACCAAUGGCGCGUACAUUGAGAAGACGGCCAACAUUAAGAAGCCCAUCGAGGGACAGUACGACGCGUCGACCGGCGAAAUGGUCAUCAACACCGAAUGGGGUUCGUUUGAUAAUCAGCUCAACGUCCUGCCCUCGACACCGUGGGAUAAGGCGCUGGAUGCCCAGAGCGUGAAUCCCGGAAUGCAAAUGUUUGAAAAACGAGUGUCGGGCAUGUUUUUGGGCGAAAUCGUUCGGUUGGCCGUGGUUGACAUGAUCAAGCACGACGACAUCUAUCUCUUCCGCGACGUCAAUUCUAGCUUCAACGACAGGCACACGACAACGAGCAUCGACCCCAAGUCGGGCAUCUUCAAGGCAUGGGGCCUCGACAGCGCCAUCAUGUCGGUAGCUGCGGCGGACACGACUCCGGAGCUGUCUUCGUUGCGCCAAGAGCUGGAAAAGUCGCUGGACAUAUACGCACCGUCGCUGGAGGACGCGCAGGCCUUCAAGACCAUUUCCGACGCGGUGGCGCGCCGAGCAGCCCGGCUGUCCGCCGUCGCCAUCGGCGCCGUCGCGCUGCAAUCCGGCAAGCUCGAGGACCCAGAGGAGGAGGUCAUCGACAUUGGGGUUGACGGCAGCUUGGUUGAGCAUUACCCCUUCUUCCGAGACAUGAUUUUCGAAGCGCUUGCUGCCAUUGACGGAAUCGGGGCCGCCGGGGCCUCCAAGAUUCGGAUUGGCAUCGCCAAGGAUGGCAGCGGAGUGGGCGCCGCCUUGAUUGCGCUGAUUGCGGCGCGUAUGGAAAAGCCUGGGGAUUUCCUGGCCGACCUGCGAAGCGACAUUAAACGACGUCUGGAGAAGAUUCCAUCAAACGUGCCGGCGGUGGAGGAUGCUCCGCUGCCGAUGAAGGCCCUCUUGCUUGGUGGAGCAGUGGCGGCCGUGACGAUUGCCGCCAUUUGGUGGAGCAGACGGCAACGAUGA